UUUUAACAAAUAAUUAUGCUGACAAGUUCCCUGGAAUCGGAAGAGGAAGAAGAUGAAUCUUCUUCUAUUACACCAUUGGAUUCAAUGCCAAAUCAAUUACAAAAUGCUUUGGAAGAAUUCAGAGAAAAGUGGCAAAAAGAGUUGAAAACACCAUCGCAACCAAGGAGUGAAUGCGUUACAGAAAAAACAUCUGAAAACACAACACCUGAAAGGAGUUUUGUGCCGAAUUCAAAUCAGUUUACAACUGAAGAAACAAAGGCACUUAAUUUCUUCACGCAAGCUGUUGAUUUGGAGAAGAGAGGAAAAGUUUAUGACGCUUUGAUUUUUUAUCGUAAAGCUGUGCAAAUCGAUCCAAAAAUUGAAUUUAAAUUCUACGAAACAACAAUAAAGGCACAAACAAAUCAACCUAAAAUAGAAUCCACCAGCAAUAAAACUGAAAGCCAUAACAAAGAUCAUAAUAUUUCAAAAGAAGAGGAUUUAACCGACGUCGAUUUAUAUAAGAGAUUUCAAAAUGAUUUGAUUAAAAAUCAGUAUUUUAUUAAAAGGAGUAAUGCUGAUAUGGGCGUAAUAGCAACAACAAAGCAUUUAAAUGAUCUUCCUAUGGAAAUCAUAUAUAACAUUCUACGCUGGGUUGUAUCUUCUCAACUAGAUAUUAGGUCUUUAGAACAAGUUGCUACUGUUUGUAAAGGAUUAUACUUAUGUGCUCGGGACAAUGAGAUGUGGAGACUAAUAUGUCUAAAAGUUUGGGGUGUAAAUACUGGUUCUUUGUCUAACAGUCCUUACUGUUCGUGGCGAGAAAUGUAUAUCGAAAGAAAACGAGUACAUUUCCAUGGAUGUUAUAUAAGUAAAACUACUUAUUUGCGUUAUGGGGAGAAUAGCUUUCAGGAUCAGUUUUACAGACCAGUUCAGUUAAUAGAGUAUUAUCGAUAUUUUCGAUUUUUACCAGACGGAAAUGUUUUAAUGUGGACUACUGCUGAAGAGCCAGCUCAAGCUGUCUCAAAGUUAAAAAAUAUAAAUCAGUUAAGACCAGAAAUAUUAAGGGGACAUUAUAGGUUCCAUGGUGACAUUGUAAUUAUUAUGAUGAAGAGAAAUGUUAAGCAAAACCCUUCGAUAAUAUCAAAACGUCGAGGAAAUUUUUGUAAUGAUUUAGAAGGCUCUUAUUCAUAUUAUAUUGAAUUUAAAAUAAUAAAUAAAACCAAAAGACGUUUUUGUCAACUUCAGUGGAAUAAUUAUUCAAUUGUACAAACUAAAAAUAAACGAGAAAUUACAACAGAUUUCGAUGUAACUUCAUCAAAGUAUCCACCUUUAUGGUUUUCUAGGGUAAAAAGUUAUCAUUUAGAAGCUGAAAUCCCAUUACAAUAAAAUAUUGCUUAUAAAGUUUAUAAAUGCAUAUAUAAUUUAAAGUGAAAUAUUUGGGCUUAACAAAUUUAUUUAAUGUAAGUAAUUAUUAAAAAACUAAUAAAUAAUUAUGAAAAAGGA